AUGGCGGACGCAUCGUCUUCCGACACUACCUCAGAUUGUUGCAAUGAAUGGUUCUCUGAUAUUACCUCCGAACGAUCGGAGUACGUUAUAGUGGGCCAGAAACCGUGUCUGUCCCAUCGUCGCAGUAAAAGACAUUUCUUACAGAAGUUAUUUUUAAGAGAGAUCAGAGGUUGUCUAUCAGCACAUAAUUAUGCAUCAGAGGAAAGACUGUUUGCUACUGUACCUUCGUGGAGACACUUGCCACUUCUACACGUUAUCCCAAAAUCUGCAUUAGAAGCGGGGCACAUUGUAAUGGGAUUGACACAAUGUGGUCAGUUCUUGCUCACAUACACAUAUACAAUGGAUGUAAGUGGAAAUACUUCUUUGUACAAGUACUUGUUACACUGGUGGGCUUUCACUCCGAACCAUGUUGUUCGUAAAGUAGCAGAGGUUACGCUUUUUGGUAAUUAUACUAUCUAUAGAGAACUUAGCAUUGUCAUAUCCCAAUGGCCAAUGGAACGGAAUAAACUAGUGAUACAUGGCCUUUGUACAAACUGGUUGCACUUGCAACCAACAGACAGAGCAUACUUAACGAUCACUACAGUUCCAUCCCUCGAGAACUGCAAGGAUUGUUUGAAAGUUGCUGCAUCCUACGAAGAAGAGGGUGAAGAGUUGGCUGCCAACUGGGACGGUUGUGUAAGAUGUAACUGUCUUCAACACGGACUGACUGUCCAUACCACCUACGAAGUAAUUUCCCCCUAUCCUAGGUUCCGAGCCACUGUCUGUCUGAAUUAUUGGAACCACGUGGUAGUUAAUACAGGAAAUUUUCUGCACGUACUCAGGGUGGAUUUGGACAUUCCAAGGUCGAAAAAUCAGAAGAGUUGUGAUAAACAGGACACUGUAAUUCCUGACACGGUGCCAUUAGACAUGAGUGAUGUGGAGGAAUUGGAUUACACGAAGGUGGAACGUUACGAGAGUUCAGACGAGAAAUUAGGUACGCCAGAGUGCGCGGUUGAUCGAUCCCCGAGAUGCGAAUCGAGUAUAGAACAUGACUUUCUAGAUGAACUGAUUAGAAUAGAUGAUAAGUUAACCCAUGAUCCAUCGAAUACCUCGAACAGUAAUCAAAGCGAUUGUGUCUGUGAUAUACGUAAGUCUGCUGAUAUCAUAAGUGUUAAGUCGUGCGAGUGUACGGACAUCGGCGAAUGUCGAUGCCUGACUACAAGGCCAGAAAUCUGUCGGACCGAGCAGCAAGCGAUAUCGGUCAGGGACAAGAUCCUGCAGGACUUCUGCGAGGAUAUGUCCCAGGAGCUUAACAUCGGUAGUGAUCUAAUUACUCUAGUAAAGCAUCCGUCGUGUUCACCACGGUCCACGCCGCAAAGGCUUCCCUCGGAUCUCAGGACGACCAGCUGCUGGUCGUCACCUAUUCUUACGCCGCCAUCGGAUAUUCUUAAGACCCGUAAUUCGGAAUCUAGUCAUAGAAGCAGUCGCAGUCAACGCUCAAAUUCCCCCCAACCAGGCGCGUCCGAAGAUAACAACGUGACUUCCGUUAAUUCGCCGCUUCAUUCGGUCUCCAUGAGCCCUUCCUCUUCAUCACGUUUGAUGUCACCGCCUGUGUCGAGGUCCUUUCGUCAUCCGAGUCCACGUAAACGGUCUAACUUACACUCCCCACCGCCCAUCGUGAACACCACCCAGUCGAGGACAAGAGCCACGCACAAGCUGAUCCUCGAGGCGGAGAAAGCGUACGAGUUCACGGACGAGGCGCAGGAGACUUGCGAGAAGCUCAGUUCGUUCAGAAAACGUAGGCUCGCCGACAAGAAGUACGAGUUCUGCGACGAAACGGAGGACGCCGAGAAUAUAGUUCCUUUCAAACACAUACGGGAUCAGUUCAGACACCGUGGAUGUUCGAUACAUCAGAUACCGUCGUCCCCAACUAUGUCGCCUGUACUGCCAAACGGCAAGAAACACUGGGUGGACUCUGAUCAAAGCGAAACUGAUGAUUUUAGUAUUAAUCAAGAUAUUGGAGCCUCGAACGACGUAACGGUGGAUUCAGCUGAGAAGAAUGUCCUUCGUCCAUUGAAUCAAAAUCAGCUGCCUAAUGGAGCCAUAAACAGGGACCGUGUGGGCAAACAUUUUGUAAAUUCGUCUCCGUUGGUUCCGAAAAUAAACUUACAAUAUCCUACUAUAAAAUGCACCGCGCAUUUUAAGAGAAGUUACAUAGAAUUGGACGACGAAAUGAUAUCAGUAAUCACAGAUGUUGAAGACGAAGAGACAGGAGGGUACGUGAGUUACCAAUGUGUGCUUCCUAUGCAUGUCCAUGGAUCUGGAUAUGUGCAAAUGCAAAUGAUCAGCAACAGCAAAGCUGAGAAACUGAUAGUACCUUGCGUGUCGAUAAAUCAAUUGAGUUUCGACAUAGAAACGUUCUCUCAUCACAUCGCUGACUGGAUUUGUAUGAGAUUUAAAAAAAGAUAUUGGCACUGUAGCGAUUACGACAUUGAAAUCAUCGACAUAUGCGCGUUAAGCGGUGAUAUUAUUUGUUUAUUAAUUAUGAAGAUCCAAGCUAGUGAAAUUAGUAACCAGACGCAAUGUUCUCAAGAAAGAAAACAAUACGAAGUGGGAUGCAAAUUUACGUGGAACAUCGACACAAGUGAGUACAGAAUAACAGAUAUAUUACCCAUGGAAGAAGUGAAACCAGAGUCCUGGAAACCAAACUGUAUGAACGUUCCCAAUUUUCGGAGUCCAUUAUGGAACCCGACUCGACGUUUAGCACCGAAAUUAAGGGAGAAGAUACAACAACCAUACUCGCACACCGUGCGGUUUUUGCACAAUGAAAUGACUCUAGCUGGUGAAUCUAUAACGAGACUGUACGAUUUGGACAAUUUGGUGGAGUUCUACAUAACCCCAAUGCCAAAUUACACUUCGAUCGAAUAA